UUUGACUAUAGCGUAUUAGCAAGAUAAGCAGAAUGCACUGGGAGAAAUCACCAACACCAGCACUGACCAGGUCCAGACCAUACCAAGGUGUAAGAGUAAGGGACCCGGUCAAAGAGCUGCUGAGGAGGAAGAGGAGUCUGGAGUCGCACAGCACCAAGACAGCUCCCCCUGCUGCGGAUGAGGUCGCACGCAACAACCUGACAUCAUACACACAAGUCGCCUUUGGCUCUGACAGCAGCAGUGGCAGCACAGCAGAUGGAGGGCAGCAGUGCACGGGAGGGAAACCUUCAUUCCUGGCCAGUUGCGCUGGCCUGCAGCCUGCCAUAACACCCUGGUCCUCACCUGAGUACAACCAGCAGGAACCCUCAGCUCAGACUCUGGCCUACCCAGCCACCACACUGACCGCAGACUUGUACAUGCAGACUCUGUGCCCCAGCUACACCAUGCUGACCUACACACACACACCGCUGCUCACUAACUUUGGGACCAUACCAGUGGCCCCAGCACCGGCCUCCUUCCCUCAGAUGGAGCUCCCAGACUCAGGGUUGACCUACCUCCCCUGGACCCAGCCCCUCACCACCAUAUCUACUAUGCCCAACCCGGGGGUUCAGUUCGCCCCAGUCUCAGCAGCCCUGUCCGGCCCACCUCUGGUGCACAUGCCCUUGUCCAUGUCUGUGACCACCAUGAUCCCUCAGCUGGAGGCCCAGGGUGCAGAUCCUCAGCUCCAGAUCCUUGACCUCGCUCAGCGUUCAGAUCUGAACCCUGAACCACAAGACCAGUCUCUGGAUGAAGAUCUGGGGAUUGAGCCGGGAUCACCAAACCUACUGGAUAAACUUCUAGAGGAUCCCAAGGAGGAUGGUGAAGUGGAAGAAAAAGACUCAUACAGCAAUUCACUCUUCAUACCCAAUGUCUAAAACUAUGAGUGUUCAUUUUUGUGUGCGAAGAGCUGUAUUUGUGCUCUUUGUGUUUUUCCCAGGGUUCUUUUCCGUGUUCUUUUAGAAAUAUCUUACAUACAUUUUUAUUCACAGGUGUGAUUUCUGAUCUUAAUGAUGGAUGCAAUUUGUUUCAGCAUUGCACCGCUAGUGUCAUUCUCAUUUCAGUUUAUUUCAACAUUGGUCUUGUUGUUGUAGCUGUGGCCAAAGUAAUUUUAAAAAGUCAUUGCUGAAAUACCAAAUGGACAAACUGGGCAAAGCUCCCAGAGCCUCAGGCCCCAAACGCCUCAGCUGUGUGUGAAACUUCAUUUCUGGUACUUUGGUUCAUUAUAGAUUCAUUUGAUUAUAGAUGCCACCACAGUACAAUAAAAAGUGAACAUUGAUGUCCUGUCUUGUAAAAAAAAAACUAUCUUACAAUCUAGUCUUAAUAUCUAUUGAUUUAUAUUGAAAUUAUGUUUUUUUUUCCUCUGGUGCGUCAUGUUUGAUGUCACCAAAGCUCUGUUUUGCUGAAUUAAUGCGUUCACCCAG